CACGCUGAUGCCUAUGGCCUAAUCCAAUAUGGCUUCCGUAGGCUGCCGCAACAUCAGCCGGUUAUUUCAUCGCAUACGGCUUUAUAGAAGUUAUACCACAAACAUUUCUCGACAGUUUAUUCGAUGCGGAUUUCGGCAAAGUGCAAGUAGGCUACAAAAUACAGCGACUAAGAUUCAAGCCGCAGGAAUCUUGGGUGGAAAUAGUCAGCGAACGCUACUUGGUUGGAAGGAAAAUAAAUACUUUCAUUCAUCCUCAAACCUUUACUCUGAGAACUACAUAAUAGUGAAUACACCACCAUUUGCCGAGUCAGUUACGGAGGGAGAUGUCAGAUGGGAUAAAGCUGUUGGAGAUACUGUUGCUGAAGAUGAGGUUGUUGGAGAAAUUGAAACAGACAAGACCAGUAUACCAGUAAGUGCCCCUUCAGCUGGAACAAUUGCAGAGUUCUUUGUCAAUGAUGGUGAUAAAGUGGAGAAAGGUCAACAGCUGUUUAAACUUGCUCUUACAGGGGAUGCCCCUCCAAAGGAGACAACAACAGAAAGUAAGGCUGCGGCUGAGAGUCCAGCACCAGCAAAGGAGAUUCCAAGGGAGGAACCAUCUGCACCAGCUUUUAAGAUCCCUACCACUCCUCCCCCAGCUCCUGCAGUACCAACCCAACCAAUUGCAGAAAUCAAACCUGGCCCCCCUACCCCUGCCCCUCCCCCACAGCCAACAGAUGCUCUUCCAGCUGACAUUCUACCCAAAGGAGCCCGCUCUCAACAUAAGGCAAGGAUGACAAGAAUGCGUCAGAGGAUUGCUCAGAGACUUAAAGAUUCACAGAACACUUAUGCCAUGUUAACAACAUUUAAUGAAGUCGAUAUGAGUCAUGUCUCUGAGAUGCGGAAAAAGCACAAAGAUGCAUUUUUUAAGAAGCAUGGUGUCAAACUGGGAUUCAUGUCUGCCUUUAUCAAAGCAUCUGCUCAUGCCUUGCAGAGUGAGCCAACAGUGAAUGCUGUGAUUGAAAACAACGAGAUUGUAUACAGAGAUUAUGUGGACAUAAGUGUUGCAGUGGCCACGCCUAAGGGACUUGUUGUGCCAGUAAUUAGAAACGUAGAAGAAAUGAACUACGCCGACAUCGAAAAAGCGAUCAAUGCAAUGGGAGAGAAGGCACGAGCAAACGAACUGGCAAUCGAAGACAUGGACGGAGGAACAUUCACCAUCUCUAAUGGCGGAGUAUUUGGUUCCAUGAUGGGCACACCCAUUAUUAACCCGCCCCAGUCUGCCAUCCUGGGCAUGCACGCCAUUGUUGACAGACCGGUGGCUAUAAAUGGAAAGGUUGAGAUUCGUCCCAUGAUGUACUUAGCCCUCACUUAUGACCAUCGUUUGAUAGACGGCAGAGAAGCAGUAACAUUCCUUAGGAAGAUCAAAGCUUCGGUAGAAGAUCCUCACACGUUAAUCUUGGACUUGUGAUCUCCUGGCUGAUUAUGCUGGGAAAUUUAUAGUGGACAGGACACUUAUCAGUUUUAGUCGAUGUCAAGUUUAUGGCUAGCCUUGGUCAGAGAAAUGUUUAUGAAUGUCGGUAUUGUCACCUGUACUCGAUGUGAAAGAAAAGAGUCAGUUAUUAAUGGGGUUUUUAAAUUGAUAUUCAUUAUUCAGUGCGACUGUUCUAUUAAGUCAAACUCACCUGUUUAGGACUUAUUGUCACGAAAAAUACAUCCGUGUUUUUUUUAAGUUUUCAUUGCAGCCAUUACAUUUGUCUCGUGGCGCAACGCGCUCUCUCCCCCAGGUGGGGAAGAGAGCGCAUUUCGUGACGAGACCAAAAAAUGGCUGCAUAGGAGUGAUAUUCUUACCAAGUGGUGAAAAGUUUGCCAUUUGCCAGUGAAGAGUAACGUUUGCCGAAUUGUUUCUUGAAGUUGUUCAUCUGUCAUGUUUUAGUGAUAUCAAAUAAAAAAAUCCACCUAAAACU